AUGUCUUACGGACAGUAUAACAACAACCCUUACGCUCAGGGCUCCGACCAGGAAGGCGGCUACGGUUACGCCAACAACAACAAUAACAACCAGUAUGGCCAAGGUCAAUAUGAGAUGCAGCCUUACGGCCAAGAGCCGAACCAGUACGCCAACCAGCCGCCGCCGCCUACCACUUUGACCCAGCAAGAGUUCCUCCAGCGCGUGCAAUACCUGCGCUCCGAGAUUCAGGGCCUCACAUCCGACAUUGAAGGCAUUGCUGCGCUGCACCAGCGUUCCCUCGCUUCCACCGACUCCAACGCCAGCUAUCAGCUUGAGCAGGCCGUCUCCGCGACGCAGCUCCGCAACACCGCGGUCAAGGACGGCAUCAAGGCCCUCGAGAAGGACCUCGCAAAGACCCAGGACGGCUCCCGCGCCACCAAGAGCGCCCAGCUCAACUCGCUCCGCAACACGUUCAAGGGCGAGCUCGAAAAGUACCAGCAGAUUGAGAGCGACUACCAGAGGCGCUACCGCGACCAGAUCGCCCGCCAGUACCGCAUCGUCAACCCGGAAGCGACGGAAGACGAGGUCAAGCAGGCGACGGAACUCGAUUGGGGUAAUGAGGGUGUUUUCCAAACAGCUCUUAAGUCAAACCGGACAGGCCAGGCCAACUCGGUGCUGGGCAACGUUAGAGCCCGCCACAACGAACUGCAGCGCAUUGAAAAGACACUCGUGGAGCUCGCUACGUUGUACCAGGAGAUGGCCACUCUUGUCGAGGCACAAGAACCCGUCGUCGACGCCGCCGAGCAGAACGCCCAGCAGACCGUCGACAACAUCGCCAAGGGUAAUGAGGAGGUCGCCGUCGCCAACAAGCACGCCCGCAACCGCAGAAAGCUCAAGUGGUGGUGCCUUCUCGUCGUUGUCAUCAUCAUUGCUCUCGCGGUCGGCUUGGGUGUCGGUCUCUACUGCACGAACAACAAGUGCGGCAGCAAGUAA